AUGGUAGCAACGGUGGAUGAUGCUCGAAGCUUAGCUCUCAAGGCUGAGAUGAUGACGCAAGACAGGGGAAAUUCAUAUCGCAGGAAUUAUGCAGAAUCAUCACAAGCCUCUGCAGAAAGAAGCCAAGCUACUAAACAACCCGGAUUAAACAAGCAAGGUCAAGGAAAUUUCGAUAAAUCAGCUGGCAAAAAGUUGGUCACCGAGACUGGAGCUUCAAGGAACCAAAAUUCUCUUGUCAAGCAAUUCACAGCAAAGUGCUUCAAGUGCAACCAGCCGGGUCAUCGAUCAAGUGAUUGUCCUCGGCGAAAGGCUAUCGCUUUGGUGGAGCAUGAGGAAGAUGUUGAAGAUGUGUUAUGCGAUCCUGAGGAAGAGGAAGAGGAAGAUGAAGAUGAAGAAUACAGCGGUGAUGAUGAUUAUGAGCAAACAUACAUGGUUCGGAAGUUGAUGCUCGCACCUAAGCAAGAAGACCAAUCCCUGAGAAACAAGUUAUUUCGCACUAGGUGCAACAUUCAUUCACGCACUUUCAACUUGAUUAUUGACAGCGGAAGUCAAGAGAAUAUCAUAGGAAGAGCUGUGGUUGAGAAGCUAGAGUUGCUAGUUGAGAAGCACCCAAAUCCUUAUUUGAUUGGCUGGAUAAAGUCAGUGGGUGAUAUCCGAGUGACCGAACGAUGCAAGGUUCCUUUCUCCAUUGGCAAAUAUCGAGAUGAGGUGUACUGCGACGUUGUGGAUAUGGAAGCUUGCCACCUAUUAUUUGGGAGACCUUGGCAGUAUGACACUGAUGCAAAACACCAUGGCAAAGAGAAUGUGUAUCGGCUCGUAAAGGAAGGGAAGCAAAUCGUGGAGGUGCCAGAGGAAGUGAAGCCCCUACUUGCAGAAUUUGAAGAGAUCAUUCCUGAGGAGUUGCCAGUCCACACGAGAGUGCAAUACUCUAGGAGAAAAUCGACCAAUGACCAUCUCAUGCAUCUGUGUGAGGUAUUGACUGUGCCGCGGAAGAAUAAGUUGAUUAUCAAUCUUAAGAAGUGCAAUUUUAUGACGUCGCGCUUACUGUUCCUUGGGUAUAUAGUAAGCUCAGAAGGCAUUCGGGUUGAUGAUGAGAAGGUCAGUGCAAUUAGAGAUUGGCCUACUCCAAAAACGGUUGGAGAAAUAAGAAGUUUCCAUGGCCUAGCUACAUUCUAUAGACGGUUUAUACGUGACUUCAGCACGAUCAUGGCCCCAAUCACCGAAUGCUUGAAGAAAGGGAGGUUUAAUUGGAGAGAAGAAGCAGAAGCUAGUUUCGCAUUGAUCAAGGAGAAGUUAUGCUCAGCUCCAGUUCUAGCAUUGCCAUGUUUUGAGAAACUAUUUGAGGUGGAAUGCGAUGCGAGUGGUGUUGGCAUUGGAGCUGUUCUAUCACAAGAGAAACGGCUAGUCGCAUAUUUUAGUGAAAAGCUUAGCGAUGCCCGUCGGAGCUGGUCAACCUAUGACAAGGAAUUCUAUGCUGUUUUCCGUGCGUUGAAGCAUUGGGAGCAUUAUCUUAUAGGCAAGGAGUUCAUUUUGUACUCUGAUCACCAAGCACUGAAGUAUUUGAAUAGUCAGAAGCGGAUCGGCAGUAACAUCAUGCAUGCGGUGGACUACGUUUCUUCAAAAGUUUCCUUUUAA